AUGGAAGAUGCAACAGCUCUAAUUGAGGCCACGGGAUCUCGGUUUAGUAAUAUUGAACUCAUUGGAAGGGGAUCGUUUGGAGACGUUUAUAAAGGGUUUGACAAAGAGAACAACAAAGAGGUUGCUAUUAAAGUUAUUGAUUUGGAAGAAUCAGAGGAUGAAAUUGAGGACAUCCAAAAGGAAAUAGCAGUUUUGCAACAAUGUCGAUCUCCAUAUAUAACUGAAUACUAUGGUUCUUAUCUUCACAAAACUAAACUAUGGAUCAUAAUGGAAUACAUGGCUGGUGGCUCUGUUGCUGAUUUAAUUCAACCUAAUCAACCUUUGGAUGAAAUGUCCAUAUCUUGCAUCCUACGUGACUUGCUUCUUGCAAUCGAAUAUCUCCACAAUGAAGGAAAGAUCCACAGAGACAUAAAAGCUGCAAACAUUUUGUUGAACGAAAGUGGUGAUGUUAAGGUGGCUGACUUUGGGGUGUCUGCACAACUUACAAGAACAAUUUCUAGAAGAAAGACAUUUGUAGGAACACCAUUUUGGAUGGCACCAGAAGUAAUCCAAAAUUCAGAAGGAUACAACGAAAAGGCAGAUAUUUGGUCUUUAGGAAUAACAGCAAUUGAAAUGGCAAAAGGGGAACCUCCAUUAGCAGAUCUUCAUCCAAUGAGAGUACUUUUCAUUAUACCUAGAGAAAGUCCACCUCAGUUAGACGAGCAUUUUUCGCGACCUAUGAAAGAAUUUGUCUCAUUAUGUUUAAAGAAAUCGCCUUCUGAAAGGCCAAGUGCUAAAGAACUCCUGAAGCACCGAUUCAUUAGGAAUGCUAGAAAAACUUCAAAACUCCUUGAAAGAAUCAGAGAACGACCAAAAUUCCAAAUCAAGGAAGAUGAUGAUGAUUUGGCAGAUGGCACAACAGUUUUAAGGGAAGGAUCUGACACGUUUAACAUGACAAGGAUUUCAAGAGUUGAUGACACUGUUCGAGUCAGAAAUGACGGCUGGGAUUUCAGCAUUAGCAGCUCCACAAAUAUAGGGACAGUUAGAAGCUCUGUUAGACCACCUCAAAAUAAAGAUAGAAAAUCAGACACCCCUUCAACUCAAAAGAAACUACAAGUGCUCACCGGAAAAGUCGCCGGAGAUGAAGAAGAUAUGUCUCUGGUGGGCGGCACCGGAACGGUGGUUAUCCGGUCUCCGAGAGCACAAAGAUCUUCAUUUUCCGGCGAUCAGAACACCAUGUCAAACAUGUUGACUUCACUUGAAGAUGCUUCCACUAGUGGGACCGUUGUAUACCGUGGGUCCCACCAUGAAGAUUCGGAUACCCCUCGGACUCCAAAGUCAAAAUUGGGAAUUCAAGAACGAUCUUCCGUAGCUUCACCUGAAAAUAGUGCCAUAAAUCUUGCAGAGGCAAAAGCUGCACUUCAAGGAGGGGGAAUGAGGAAAGCAAAGUCAAGAGAAAGGUCUGGUUUGACCAAGGUCAAAAAAGAUGUCCAUGAUGCAAGAAAGCCGUUGACUAAAGAAGAAGAGAGACUUAGAGUAUCUGCCACGUCAGCAUCUGCUACACUAUCCACUCUGAUAAUCCCAUCUUUGAAAGAGGCUGUUUCUGAUGAUUUAGAGGCUUCAAUUGUGCAUAAUGUUAUAAAUUCUUUGAUGGAUAUGGAAUACACAAAACCUGGUUCUUGUGAGUUUCUUGUUACAAGGUUGCUUCAUCGGUUAGCAAGCUCAAAGGAACCAGCUUUGAAAAAUGUGCAAGAAGUGGCGACACGUGGGUUUUCCAAGGGUAAAAAGGUCAAUGAACAACCGGAGAAUGUGAAUCAAGAAGACGAUAGUAAAAAUAAGCAACAGAAAAAUGAGGCUCAACCUAAUGGAAACUUGGGCCCACUUGCGAGAUUCUUGCUUUCAAGAUGGCAGGGACAUAGUCCUUAAGAUGGUAACGCAACUUAGAAAGAUUGGAUUUUUUUGAUUGCUGAGUAUAACUUUUGUGAUGCGAGUUGUGUUUUUUUAUCGAUUAAUUUAUUCAAAUGUACAUUAACUUUUGUGAUGCGAGUUGUGUUUUUUUUUUUUAUCAUUAAUUUAUUCAAAUGUACAUAAUAUUUUGAG